UAGCAUAUUUUCGCCUUCUUCCUUUUUUUUUUUUUGAAAAAUAUAUAUAUUAAUGUGCGACGGUGAGUUCCUGGUCUCAUUUUAUUUUAUUGUAUACCUACCUAGUUUCUCACCCUUUAUGAUUUUAUUUAAGAGAGAGCCAACGUAGGAAUUCAGAAAUUCGCGUGGAGAGAAAGAGAGCCACAACCAGAAGGGAAAGUGGUUUUGAGAGGUUGUCAGUUACAGCUUUUCGGUUCACGGUGUAAUCUCUAGCUCCUUCCUCCCCAAGCCCUAGAAAGAUCAAACCUCUCAGAAACAGAUUGGUUCCUUCAAUAAGAAAAGUCCUGUCAUUUUCUUUCUGUACCCAGCAACUUUGGACAUAGCUAAAGAGAUUAUAGGGAGACAGAAAGAGAUACUGAUAGAAGAAAGUGAUGUCAACAACCACACGAUCUAUUUUGAACCAUGGUGGUAACUUGUUCGAGGAUCAGCAGUAUCUGAUGCAUACACAGUUGGGGUUCCUUCCUAAUUUCCCAUCUAAUCUGACUUUUCCUUCGUCGGGCUGCCAUCAAUCUUUGAAGAACUUCCAUACUAUAGGUCCUUCGCUUGCGUCCGAGACAGCUUCUAGCGCAGCAAAUCUAACGGAAACCCUAUUUGCAGCCACAGCUCAAAAGCCAAGGCAAGACAUCGCUUCUUGCUUGGGAGAACCAACCCACCUCAUUUCCUUGAACACAUCAAGUGCACUAAAUCCAUGGGGUUGGGGAGAAGUAAGCGAAUGCUUGGGCAGUAAGAGAAUUGGUGGAGAAGAGAAUAGUCAUUGUCUAGGGAUGUCUUCAAUGAAGAUGAAGAAGAUAAAGGGAAGGAGGAAGGUGAGGGAGCCUAGGUUUUGCUUCAAGACCAUGAGCGAAGUGGAUGUCUUGGAUGAUGGCUACAAGUGGAGGAAGUACGGACAGAAGGUGGUCAAGAACACCCAGCACCCCAGAAGCUACUAUCGUUGCACGCAAGACAAUUGCCGGGUAAAGAAGAGGGUGGAACGCUUGGCCGAGGAUCCGAGGAUGGUAAUAACCACGUACGAAGGGAGACACGCACACUCUCCCUCGAAUGAUCUUGAAGAUUCGCAAGCUCCUUCCCAGCUAACCAAUUUCUUUUGGUAACGUUUCUAUGUUCCGAAGGGAAGAGUGAAAAUUGGCAAUGUAUCCUAUUCUGGUUAUCGUAUGGAUGUAAGUGGUUCAUUUUCAGUUUUCACUCUUUUUCCAUUUUUAAGUGUAAGAGUGAGUGUGAGUUUGCUUUGCAUGUAUUUCCUGUAAGUGUUUCUGCUGUCUCUUUUGUCUCAAUAUCAGAAACCAAUAAUAGACAAACAUUGCGGCAGCUUCGUCUGUGAGCUACCCCUGUAUACGUAGCUUCUUCUUUAUAAUUCUGCCCUUGUAUAUAUGGACGUUUGACUCCUGCUUCUCUC